AUGAAGGAUGUCUACGGAGACGUAGUAACGACGGGUUGCAAACUUGAAAAUCUGUCCGUAAAUGGAACGUACACCGGUAAGACACUGAUUGUCGACAAUGAAAAGCUUUCAAAUUUAGAGUGUAACACAAAUUCAGUAGCUAUGAUAAUUAAUGGCUUAACGAAUAAGAACACUUUUCAAUGUAAUUUGGAUCUCAAAAAGAAUGACUUUAGUGUUAUCGAAGAACAGAGAAAUUCUUCAACUGAAAAAGUAAUAUUUUUUGUUUCUAAAAACAAAGAAAUCGGCCGAGUCUCAUUCUUAGAGAGUUUCAUCUACAGAAACAACACAUUGCAAAUUCGAGAAAUUGCUUCAAAUUUCGACGGAACUAUUUUUAAUCUUGAAAAACUCGAAAUCAUUGGAAAACAAAAUUUGGAAAAAAAUCUGUCAGUGAAGUGUGGUGACGUCAAAGAAGUGUUUGUGAUGAUUGGAAACUACUCAAAUUUUGUGUGUGGAAAUAUCGAAAAUCUUGAAAUUAGUGAAGCAAAAGUUGAGGUUUUAAAGGGCGGAAAGAUACUCAAGGUAAGUAAAGAUACGUGGAAAAAUGUCGGGAAAUUGGAGGCGGAAGUCGAAAUGAAAGAAAAAAAGAAAGAAAAACA